AUGAAACUGUAUAAUAUAAUUCUCCCUGACCGAGAUCCAAAAUCUCGAUGGGACAUUGUCUUCGACGACAACACCAUCAUUUCCAUGGUACCAGCUGGAGAGGCAGCUUCGUCACCGCAGCCGGCAUCCAUCCUUCUACCAGCACUGUGCCACCCACAUAUCCACCUUGACAAGCCUUAUCUCUUGACCUGCAACUACUCUCACCCAAGUCACUAUCCCGACUACUCCGACUUGACGCCCCAGACCGGCACAUUCGGCGAAGCAUUAUCAUUCACCGGGCAGGCGAAAGCGCGGUACACGCCGCAGGAUCUUUACUUGCGGGGUUCGCAGCUGCUCGCGACAUCGCUGAUUCAAGGCGUGACGUCGUGCCGGGCAUUCGUCGAGCUCGACCAUGUAACCGGCACGCAAUGUCUCGACGCCGCUUUUGAGCUCGAGAGGGCCUUCAAGGAUAAAGUCGACGUCCAGAUCUGCGCAUUUGCACAAGAUCCGGUUUUCAGCUCGGAGCAUGGAGGCGAGAAUCGGCAGAUUCUGGAGGAUACGUUGCAGAAAUACGCGGGGAUGAUCGCAGCGCUGGGGACGACGCCGUAUGUGGAGGCGAGUGUCGAGGCGAGCCUGCAGAAUAUCUCUUGGGCGAUUCAGGUCGCGUUGAAGCAUGACUUGCACCUUGAUUUCCAUUUAGACUACAGUUUGAAUGAAGGCGAUGAGUCGGGGCCGAUGGUCUGGGAAGUGAUUAGAUUGCUGAAAGAGGCGGACUGGAACGCGCGAGCGAAGCGCGGAAAGACCAUAGUGCUGGGACACUGUUCACGGCUGACGAUGCUUAGCAACAAACAGAUGAAGACGUUGGCAGCCCAGAUUCGGGACUCGAAGUUGCCUGUACACUUUGUGGGCUUGCCUACGAGCGACCUAUUUAUGAUGGGUCGGCCGAAUAGUGCUGGUGGCAAUGAUGGGGAUGAAGGGGGUUUGAGGACGGCACAUCGCCCAAGGGGAACAUUGCAGAUACCCAGCAUGAUACGCGAUUCCGGACUCGAUGCAUGUCUGAGCGUGAAUAAUGUCGGCAAUGCAUUCACGCCGUGGGGAUCGGGAGAUCCGCUUGCCCUUGCAUCGUUGGGGGUCGGUGUGUACCAGGCCAGCACGGAGGCUGACGCUAGGAUUCUGCUGGAGUGUGUCAGUACCAGGGCGCGGCGGGCAAUUGGACUAGACUUGAGUGGUCGUGAUAUCAGUGGUGGCGAGGAGGCGCAGAGUCAAGACCUGCUCUGGGAAGGCAGGAAAGGUGAUAUCCUCCUCAUCAAGAAUGAAGAGUGGGUGGGUUGCCCGGGACAUCUAGGAUUGAAGAUUCCGGCAAGGCAGAGGGUUGGUAUUAAGGAUGUGGUGUGGGAUCCACCGGAGACGAAGCUUCGGGAGAUCUUGAGAUAG